ACCAUGGAGCACUAUGUGAGGCACAGCUGAACCCCAGAGCCCACUGCUGUCCUCUUCCCACGGCACCUGACCAGGUGGAGAGACCAGAGGAGAAAGGUGCGGAUGGGCAGAGCAGAACUUCUAGAAGGGAAGAUGAGUACCCAGGAUCCCUCAAACCUGUGGAGCAGGUCGAUGGAGGAUGCCGACCUGCUCCAGGACUUGGGGUGGUAUCAUGGCAACCUUACACGCCAUGCAGCAGAGGCACUUCUCCUUUCCAAUGGACGUGAUGGCAGCUAUCUUCUGAGGGACAGCAAUGAUCAGACCUGCCUCUACUCUCUGUCUGUGAGAGCCAAAGAUUCUGUCAAACACUUUCAUGUUGAAUAUACUGGAUAUUCAUUUAAAUUUGGCUUCAAUGAAUAUUCAUCUUUAAAGGAUUUUAUCAAGCAUUUUGCAAAUCAGCCUUUGAUUGGAAGUGAGACAGGCACUCUGAUUGUUCUGAGACAUCCCUAUCCAAGAAAAGUGGAGGAACCUUCCAUUUAUGAGUCUGUCCGGGUUCACACAGCCAUGCAGACAGGAAGAACAGAAACUGACCUCGUGCCCACCGCACCUUCUCUGGGCACCAAGGAAGGCUACCUCACCAAGCAAGGGGGCCUGGUCAAGACCUGGAAAACAAGAUGGUUCACUUUGCACAGGAAUGAACUGAAAUACUUCAAAGACCAGAUGUCAUCAGAGCCAAUUCGGAUCCUAGACCUAACAGAAUGCUCAGCUGUACAAUUUGAUUACUCACAGGAAAGGGUAAACUGUUUUUGCUUAGUAUUUCCAUUCAGAACAUUUUAUCUGUGUGCAAAGACAGGGGUAGAAGCUGAUGAAUGGAUCAAGAUACUGCGCUGGAAGCUGUCACAAAUAAGAAAACAGCUGGAACAAGGUGAAGGCACAAUCCGUUCUCGGUCGUUCAUCUUUAAGUAGAAUUUUCUUGCCAAGCAGUGCCUGGCUCAGUUGCAAGGUGGAAUACUCCUGACACGCUGGUCCAGAGCAGGCUUCAGAGGAAUGCUCACUAAGGAAUUUCCUUUAAGCAAAACAAAAGCAGUUAGUGAAUGGGGCCCAGGUACCACAUUUGCUGAAUCAUGGAAAGUAGUCAUCGCCAUCUCCUUGGGAAUACAAAGCUCUUAUCCUUGUGAUGGAAACUGAUUAACUGUGCUUCCAGUGGCCCCCUCAGAACACAGGAGGCCAGAUGGGAGGUUUGGUCUUCUCACAUGAUGGCUCCAAGCUUGUUGACCUGAGUUGCCUGGAGGGCUGCCCUGAGCCAUGGUCAGCACAGCUAACCUCCAGGAUGUACUGUGAACCCCGAAGGUUAUGUUGGAGGACUCAUACUGCCUCUUCAGGAAGCAUGAUACCACAAUAAACUUCUGGAGGAAGA